AUGGCAGAGCGAAGCAUGAGCCCCCAGGUGGGAGGGAGGAGGCGAGGCCAGCAGCAGCAGCAGCAGCAGCAGCAGCAGCAGCAGUCCCCCACACAACGGUCCCGGCUCCAGAGCCCGAACACCGGCCACUGCUUCAGGAAGGUGACCCUGACCAAGCCCACCUUCUGCCACAGCUGCAGCGACUUCAUCUGGGGGCUUGGGGCCUUCCUGUGCGACGUUUGUAAUUUCAUGAGCCACGAGAAGUGUGUGAAAACUCUGAGGUCGGUGUGUUCCUGUGUGACGCCCUCCACCGUCACUGUUCCUGUGGCUCACUGCCUCGUCCCCGCUGGCCACAAAAAGCGCUUCUGCAGUGUCUGUCGCAAACCCUCAGGGGGCAGCACUGAUCUGCGCUGUGAAGUCUGCGAGCUCCACGUUCACUCAGACUGCGCAGUCUUCAGCUGUGCAGACUGUCGCUGCUGUCACCUGGACUCAUCACCAGACACACGGGAUACGUGGCCGCACCACUGGAGGGAGGGCUGCAGUGCUUCGUCGGGCCGCUGUGAGGUGUGCCGCCGCUCCUGUGGCUCCUCAGACAUGUUCACGGGGCUCAGGUGCGAGUGGUGCGGACUCACGAGCCAUGGGACCUGCUUUGUGAGCGUGGCUCCGGACUGUGGUCUGGGCCGGUUCCAGGCCAUGAUCCUGGACCCUCGGUGUGUCCGCCUGGAGUCCCGGAACUUCAGCAAGAUGCAUUUGUACAGAGUGAUGGAGAGUCCUGGACCAGAGCUGGACGUGUAA